AUGGGAGAGCCUCGAGUUUUUAUCGGCGAAAUUACAUUUAUUAAAAAAACAGCGAGACCCGCGGGUUUCUCUCCCUCUCCUCCUCCUCCUCCGGGCCCUGGGAAAACCAUUAAUUCGGAUUUUGGGAGGGAGAUGGGGUUUAUAAACAGCCAGCAGUGCCUGACGUCCCUCCCCGCUGUCCUGGAGGCGUUUCAACCUUCAUCAAUCAAGGACUCGACGUUCGUUCCUCCUCCUCCUCCUCCUCCUCCUCCUUUCCAGCCGAGAUUUCUGCAGAGCGCCCGUCCCUGUUCCGGGAGAGCCCGAGCGGAGAAUCCCGCGGGGAGCCCCGGCCCGGCGGAAUUCCCGGGGAUGAAGGAGAAGAAACCGGCCCGGAGACCCGGGAGGGCUCCGCGAUCUUCAUCCCCGCCAUCCUCAUCCUCAUCCUCACCCUCAUCCUCCUCCUCAUCCUCCUCGCUGCCGCUGCCCGCCGCAGGAGCUCCCGCAGACCCGGACGGCAGCAGCAGCUCCCGCCGGCUCCGCACCGCCUGCACCCACCCGCAGCUGCUGGAGCUGGAGAAGGAAUUCCACUUCAACAAGUACCUGACGCGGGCGCGGCGGGUGGAGAUCGCGGCCACGCUGGAGCUCAACGAGACGCAGGUGAAGAUCUGGUUCCAGAACCGCAGGAUGAAGCAGAAGAAGAGGGAGAAGGAAGGGCUGGCCCCGGCCGGGGCGGCCAAAGCAGCGGCGGAAACCUCGGAUCAAUCCUCCCCCGAGGCCUCCCCCAGCUCCGGCUCCUCCUGA